AUGACUGAUAAGAUUGAUAAAAUAAUAGAGUAUAUAUGUUUAAGUGGCACCAAUUCUACAGCACAAGAAUAUACUAAUAGUCAAACCUACUCGCCGUCCAUAUUAACUUCAUGCGAAAGCAGUUACAACACCACCAAUACAAAUCCCAAUAAUAAUAUACUUUCUGAAGAAAAUAUUUAUGAAAUAUGCCAGUAUAUACAAGAUUUAUUAAUACAAGAACCCAAUAUAGCACAUAUAGAUACACCGGUUACCAUAUGCGGUGAUAUCCACGGCCAAUUACAUGAUUUAUUAAAUUUAUUUAGCAUAUCUAGUGGCACUAAUAACAGUGCCUUCGAUGAUCAAGACGAAACUAACCCCGUGACCGUAACCACCAACAAUAGUAAUGGCACUACUACCACCACUACUACACCAAUAAACAGUACAAGAACUACGUCAAUACCAAAUUUCAGUCAAAGUUUAUUAAAUACAAGAUAUAUAUUUUUGGGCGAUUUUGUUGAUCGUGGCUUUUAUUCUUUAGAAACUUUUUUACUAUUAAUAUGUCUUAAAAUUAGAUAUCCAGAUAGAAUUAUCUUGGUUAGAGGGAACCAUGAAACAAGGCAGAUUACCAAAGUUUACGGGUUCUACGAUGAAUGUAUCAGGAAAUAUGGGAAUUGUAAUGUAUGGAGGUAUUGUUGUGAAGUUUUUGAUUACUUACCAUUAGGUUGUUCAAUUAAUGAUGGCACCAUAUUUUGUUUGCAUGGUGGAUUGUCACCGGAUGUUAAAAAUUUAAACGAAAUACGAUGCAUUGAUAGAAAGCAGGAAGUUCCUCACAUGGGUGCAAUGUGUGAUUUAUUAUGGAGCGAUCCUGAUGAACUAGUAAAUAGCUGGAGCGUUAGUCCAAGGGGCGCUGGAUACCUAUUUGGUAAAAACGAAGUUGAUGAGUUUAGAUACCUCAAUAAUAUUGAUUUAAUAGCUAGAGCGCACCAGUUGGUUAUGGAAGGAUAUAAGGAAAUGUUUAACAAAGGAUUAGUUACUGUUUGGAGUGCACCAAAUUAUUGUUAUAGGUGUGGUAAUGUUGCCAGCGUUUUAACUAUUGAUAAUAAUAUGAACAAAACUUAUAAAAUAUUUGAUGCUGUACCAAUCAAAGAUAAUAGAGGGAAUUCUAUAAUACCGAAUAAAAAACCAUCGAUGGAUUAUUUUUUAUAA